CACACACACACACACACACACACAGCGCCAUUUGCUUCAGACACACGUGUGUUCGGAUCUCAGCUGCGUGCCAUGACUUUAAACCCGAAUGAAUAAUAAUAAUAAUAAUACUAAUAAUACUAAUAAUUCGUCGUCAUGCCGAAGGUGAAGAAGAGUAAAGGCGCUCCGGGGCGCGGCGGGGCUCUGUCUCUCGCCGAUCAGAUCCUGCAGGAGGACGCGGUCCGGUCCAGCGGCCGACAGAAGAACCGGAGCCGGUCCGAGGAGGAGCAGGAGUACGUGGACGAGAAACUGUCCAGAAAGAUCCUCCAGCAGGCCAGAAUCCAGCAGGAGGAGCUGCAGAGCGAGCUGGGACUGACCCCGGAGUCCAGGAGACCACCGACCACCAGACUGGGUCUGUGCACACAGGACGACUCUGAUGAUGAUUGGCCGGCGCUGGGUGAAGAGACGAGUGGAGAGGUGGAGGUGGACCCUGAAGAUGAGAGAGCCAUCGAGAUGUUCAUGAACAAGAACCCCCCGCUCAGGCGCACGCUGGCGGACAUCAUCCUGGAGAAGAUCACGGAGAAGCAGACGGAGGUGGGGACGGUGCUGUCGGAGGUGUCUGGACACGGCGCUCCUCAGCUGGACCCGCGGGUGCUGGAGGUGUACAGAGGGGUGGGCAAGGUGCUGUCGAAGUACCGCAGCGGAAAACUGCCCAAAGCCUUCAAGAUCAUCCCGGCUCUGUCCAACUGGGAGCAGGUUCUGUAUCUGACCAAUCCUGAGACCUGGACGGCCGCCGCCAUGUACCAGGCCACCAGGAUCUUCUCGUCCAAUCUGAAGGAGAGAAUGGCUCAGCGCUUCUACAAUCUGGUUCUGCUGCCCAGGAUCCGAGACGACAUCGCCGAGUUCAAGAAGCUCAACUUCCACCUCUACAGCGCUCUGAAGAAAGCGCUCUUCAAACCCGGAGCCUGGUUCAAAGGAAUCCUCCUCCCUCUGUGUGAGUCUGGCACAUGUUCUCUGAGAGAAGCCAUCAUCAUCGGCAGCAUCCUCACGCGGUGCUCUAUACCUGUGCUGCACUCCAGCGCCGCCAUGCUGAAAAUCUCAGAGAUGGAGUACAACGGAGCCAGCAGCAUCUUCCUGCGUCUGCUGCUGGACAAGAAGUACGCCCUGCCCUUCCGCGUGCUGGACGCCCUGGUCGCUCACUUCCUGUCGUUCCGCGCGGACCAGCGGACGCUUCCUGUGCUGUGGCACCAGAGCCUGCUGACGCUCACGCAGCGCUACAAGGCGGACCUGUCCUCCGAACAGAAGGAGGCGCUGCUGGAGCUGCUGAAGAGCCAGACGCACGCCUCCAUUUCUCCCGAGGUCCGGCGCGAGCUGCAGGGCGCCGAGUCACGUGACCAGGAGGACGCCACGCCCCCAGCGGCCCUCGACUGAGCGACUUCCGGCGGGACUGAUCACACGCAGUAUAUUACACGUUCUUCACGGUAAUGCGCCGUUUGUACUUUUCGACUGAACUUUUGGUUAAAACUUGUGUUGCUAAGUAAUAAAAUAACAUCAAUUCAGAA